AUGGAUGACCUGGAUCCCGUAGCCAUCUGUGCCCUCUUUGAGGAAUGGGAACCUCAAACAGAAAGCAGCCGGGAUGAUCAGGAGGCUAAAGACGUGAUUAAAGAGAUUGAAGACUUUGAAGGCUUAGAGGCUCUGCGCCUGGAGGGCAACACAGUGGGUGUGGAGGCAGCCAAGGUCAUCGCCAAGGCCUUGGAGAAGAAAUCAGAGUUGAAGAUCUCCCUCGGGGAGGGACUCAUCACAGCUGGGGCCCAGCUGGUGGAGCUGGACUUGAGCGACAAUGCCUUUGGGCCCGACGGCGUGCGCGGCUUCGAGGUCCUGCUCAGGAGCUCGGCCUGCUUCACCCUGCGUGAACUCAAGCUUAACAACUGCGGCAUGGGCAUCGGUGGAGGCAAGAUCCUGGCAGCAGCUCUGACGGAGUGUCACUGCAAGUCCAGUGCCCAAGGCAAGCCGCUGGCCCUGAAGGUCUUCGUGGCGGGCAGGAACCGGCUGGAAAACGAUGGAGCCACUGCCUUGGCGGAAGCUUUUGGGGUCAUUGGGACUCUGGAGGAGGUCCACAUGCCGCAGAAUGGGAUCAAUCACCCUGGUGUCAUGGCGCUGGCCCAGGCUUUCGCCAUCAACCCCCUGCUGCGAGUCAUCAACCUCAACGACAACACCUUCACCGAGAAGGGGGCUGUGGCCAUGGCCGAGACCCUGAAGACUUUGCGACAGGUGGAGGUGAUCAACUUCGGGGACUGCCUGGUCCGCUCCAAGGGUGCUAUUGCCAUUGCCGACGCGGUCCGUGGGGGACUGCCCAAGCUGAAGGAGCUGAACUUGUCGUUCUGUGAAAUCAAGAGAGACGCUGCUCUGGCUGUUGCCGAGGCCGUGGGGGACAAGGCCAAGCUGGAGAAGCUGGACCUCAACGGCAACGCUCUGGGAGAAGAAGGCUGUGAGCAGCUUCAGGAGGUUCUGGACGGCUUCAGCAUGGCCAAGGUGCUGGCAUCCCUCAGCGAUGAUGAAGGUGAGGAUGAGGAGGACGAGGAAGAGGAAGGAGAAGAGGAAGAGGAGGAGGAGGAGGAAGAAGAAGAGGACGAGGAGGAAGAGACACAGCAGCAGGGACAAGAAGAGGAGUCAACCACGCCCUCGCGGAAAAUUCUGGACCCUACCACUGGGGAACCAGCCCCUGUGCUGUGCUCCCCACCGCCCACAGACGUCUCCACCUUCCUGGCUUUCCCCUCUCCAGAGAAGCUUUUACGCCUGGGCCCCAAGAGUUCCAUACUGAUAGCGCAGCAGACUGACACAUCUGAUCCAGAGAAGGUGGUCUCUGCCUUCCUCAAGGUGUCGUCUGUGUUCAAGGAUGAAGCCACAGUAAGGACGGCUGUGCAGGACGCAGUAGACGCCUUGAUGAAGAAAGCUUUCGGCUCGUCCUCCUUCAACUCGAACGUCUUCGUCACCAGGCUUCUCAUCCAUAUGGGUCUUCUCAAGAGUGAAGACAAGAUCAAGGCCAUUGCCAACCUGUAUGGCCCCCUGAUGGCUCUGAACCACAUGGUACAGCAAGACUACUUCCCCAAGGCCCUUGCUCCUCUCCUGCUGGCGUUCGUGACCAAGCCCAAUGGCGCCCUGGAAGCCUGCUCCUUUGCCCGUCACAACCUGCUGCAGACGCUGUACAAGGUCUAG